GGCGCGUCAUCCUCCGGCCGAGAAUUUCUGUGACGUGUGACGGGGCUGACGUGCUUCCGCUGUAAUGGCGUCGCAGAGGAGACUGGGUCUACAGAAUCAGGAGCAGACCAGCUGGACAGAUGACCUCACGGUGUGCCAUCUGUCGGGGAUCGGCUAUGGCACAAACCGCAUUUACCAGGUGGACGGGACCAGCACUGAGGCCCACAGCCUGGAGGACGGUUGGCUGAGGUUUCGGGAAGACGAAUGCUUCCUUUACGGGGUCUUCAAUGGAUACGACGGCAGCCGGGUGUCGCAGUUUGUGACGCAGAGGCUGACGGCAGAGCUGCUGCUGGGGCAGCUGACCCUGAGUCGCAAUGAUGCUGACGUACGCAAGGUGCUACUGCAGGCCUUCGACGUGGUGGAGCGCAGUUUCUUUGAAUCGAUUGAUGAUUCUCUGGCAGAAAAGGCCAACCUGCAUUCUCAGCUUCCCGAGGGUAUUCCUCACUCCCAGCUUCCACAGCAGUAUCAGAAACUCCUGGAAAAACUACAUAAAAUCGAGCAGGAGAUUGCGGGAGGAACGACGGCCAUUGUGGCGCUCAUUCUCAACAACAAGCUCUACAUUGCCAACAUAGGCACCAGCCGAGCCCUGCUGUGCAAGUCCACAGCCGACGGACAGCUGCAGGUGACGCAAGUCAGCGUCGAUCACACGACGGACAACGAGGACGAGCUCUUCCGGCUCUCUCAGCUCGGCUUGGAUGUUGCAAAGAUCAAGCAGUCAGGGCUGAUUGGAGGCCAGGACAGCAGUCGGCGCAUCGGCGAUUACCGAAUGAAGUACUGCUACAACGACGUGGAGAUGCUGAGCCCCGCCAAGACGAAGCCAGUGAUCGCAGAGCCGGAGAUUCACGGGGGGCAGUCGCUGGACGGGGUGACGGGAUUCUUGGUGUUGAUGACCGAUGGACUGUACAAAGCCCUGGAGGCAGCUCAUGGCCCUGGGCAAGCCAACCAGGAGAUUGCUGCCAUGGUGGCGACGGAGUUUGCUCUGCAGACGAGGCUGGAGGCGGUAGCCCAGGCGGUGGUGGACCGCGUGCGGCGGAUACACCGCGACACCUUCGUCAGCGGAGGGGAAAGGUCGAAGUUUUGUGAGAGGCACGAAGACAUGACCCUACUCGUCCGGAACUUCCACUACCCUCUGGGCGAGAUGAGCCAGACGUCCAACAGCCCAACCCAAGGGGGUCGGAUCUACCCUGUGUCCGUCCCGUACACCAGCACCCAAGGCACUCUGGGAAAAACCAGCGUCACGCUCUCCCUGGUCAUGCCAUCCCAGAAUCAAAUGAUGAACGGUAACCACAGCAACUCCACGGGGGACGAGACAACACCUACGCUCACGAACAGUCAAAGCCCGACGGCCACGCUGCAGUCGACCAACACACACACGCACAGCAGCAGCUCCAGCUCGGGGGACGGGCAGGGUCACCUCUUCCAUCGCCACCGGCUCCCUCACACCCUACAACCCGACCAGGACGGCCGUGUCGAGCCCUACGUCGACUUCCUGGAGUUCUACCGGCUCUGGACGGUGGACCACAGUGAGCAGACGGUGGCCGGAGCGCAGUAGGUGACCGGUCCGGGCUGCCUCACACACGAGAGGCUCCGAGCUGUGACAUGUUGACCUGGGUCUUCGAACCAUCGGCCUUCCAGGAGAGGUGGGGACGUGAACAUCGGGCAGAUCUGAAGGGCUGCUCGUUCUCACUUGGGUUUCAUCUCCUCAUCAGACCAGCUAAUCUGGGCGAUUGUCAGGGCACCAGAGACCUGCAAUGGAGAGGAAUAUUCGAGGCCUGUACUUGUGUGUGUGUGUGUGUGUGUAUAAAUACAUAUGUUUUUGAGAAAGACCCAUCAUUUAUUUAUUUGCCUCUCUACACCACAAUUUAAGAUUUGCAAUAGAAAAAAAUCACAUGUGAUUAAAGUGCACAAUGUCAGAUUUUAUUAAAGGGUAAUGUUACACAUUUUUGGUUUCACCAUGUAGAAAGUACAGCUGUGUUUAUACAUAGUCCCCCCCAUUUCAGGGCACCAUAAUGUUUGGGACACAUGGCUUCACGGGUGUUUGUAAUUGCUCAGGUGUGUUUAAAUGCCCCCUUAAUGCAGGUAUAAGAGAGCACUCAGCACCUAGUCUUUCCUCCAGUCUUUCCAUCACCUUUGGAAACUUUGAUUGCUGUUUAUCAACAGGAGGACCAAAGUUGUGCCAAUGAAAGUCAAAGAAGCCAUUAUGAGACUGAGAAACAAGAAUAAAACUGUUAGAGACAUCAGACAAACCGUAGGCUUACCAAAAUCAACUGUUUGGAACAUCAUUAAGAAGAAAGAGAGCACUGGUGAGCUUACUAAUCGCAAAGGGACUGGCAGACCAAGGAAGACCUCCACACCUGAUGACAGAAGAAUUCUCUCUGUAAUAAAGAAAAAUCCCCAAACACCUGUCUGACAGAUCAGAAACACUUUUCAGGAGUCAUCUCUCAAUGACCACUGUCCGCCGAAGACUUCAUGAACGGAAAUACAGAGGCUACACUGCAGGAUGCAAACCACUGGUUAGCCGCAAAAAUAGGAUGGCCAGGUUACAGUUUGCCAAGAAGUACUUACAAGAGCAACCACAGUUCUGGAAAUAGGUCUUAUGGACAGAUGAGAUGAAGAUUAACAUUUCAUAGUGGCAAGAGCAGAAUAUGGAGGAGAGAAGGAACUGCCCAAGAUUCAAAGCACACCACCUCAUCUGUGAAACACGGAGGUGGGGGUGUUAUGGCCUGGGCAUGUAUGGCUGCUGAAGGUACUGACUCACUUAUCUUCAUUGAUGAUACAACUGCUGAUGGUAGUAGCAUAAUGAAUCCUGAAGUGCAUAGACACAUCCUAUCUGCUCAAGUUCAAACAAAUGCCUCAAAACUCAUUGGCCAGCGGUUCAUUCAACAGCAAGACAGCGAUCCCAAACAAACCGCUAAAGGAUGUUUCAAAGUUAAAAAAUGGCCAAUUCUUGA